AUGAAUAUGGGUCGUAACAACUCAAGCCAUUGCACUCGACGUAGCCGUUACACUCUCUCCCUCAAAACAAAAAACAGCACAACAUUGGCGGAAGCGGUGGCGGCGAUUAGGGCUUUGGCUUGGGUUAUUCGAUCCAGCAAGGCCACUACGAUGAUGGAUCUCGAGAUUGAGCUCAAGAAAGCUUCCGAUUCCCUCAAAUCAUGGGACACAACCUCCAUCUCUUUGGCAGCUGGCUGCGAUCUGUUCAUGCACUACGUAACAAGAACUUCAGCUCUGGAAUAUGAGGACUUUAAUUCGGCUAAGUCUCGCCUUCUUGAACGUGCAGAGAAAUUUGGUAAUCAACCGGUCCAAAUGUCGCAUUACCAUGAAAAGCUAUUGACCAAGUCUGUAUUGCAGGCUCGCAAAAUCAUUGCCAUGCUUGGUCAAGAUUUUAUUUUUGACGGUUGUACCAUUUUGGUGCAUGGUUUAUCUCAAGUGGUGUUGGAAGUUUUGAAGACAGCUGCCCAAAGUAGGAAGCUCUUUCGAGUUUUAUGCACAGAGGGAAGGCCAGACAGGAUAGGAUUACAAUUGUCCAAUGAACUAGCAAAGCUUGAUGUUCCUAUGAAGCUCUUAAUAGACUCUGUUGUGCCAUAUGGUAUGGAUAAAGUAGACAUGAUAUUUGUUGGGGCGGAUGGAGUGGUGGAAAGCGGAGGUAUAAUUAACAUGAUGGGGACUUAUCAAAUUGCAUUGGUGGCCAAAAGCAUGAACAAACCGGUUUAUGUGGCUGCUGAAAGGUAUAAGUUUGCUCGUCUCUAUCCAUUGGACCAAAAAGACAUGGUCCCUGCCUUGCGCCCAAUCGAUUUUGGGGUACCCAUCCCAUCGAAGGUCGAAGUUGAAACAUCAGCUCGGGAUUAUACACCUCCACAAUAUCUUAACCUACUCUGUACAAAUCUGGGUGUCCUAACGCCAUCUGAACCGUCUGUACCAGUUUUGCUCAUAUCAUCACCCCCAUGA